GUAAAUUCGAUGACGUAAUGUUUUCUGAAAAUUGAGAAAAUUCAAUUUCACUUUCUAUUCUGAAUAAUAUGAGAUCUGGAUAGCAACCCAUGCAUAUAUAUAUCAAUUAUAAAUAAUUUUAUAAUAAAUAUGCAUCGAUUUCAUUCAAAACGUUAAAGAUUUUAAACAGGACGGAGAUUGUACUUCCUAGGAAGGUAAUUGCUACAGUAUCAAUUUUAUUCAGACCAGCGAGCUCAGUACCUAUGGUAGGACUAACUGGUAAUCAAAUAGAAAUAUAUUGACAAUGGCUUCAAAUAGUCCAGGCAAACUUCAACCUGCAGAUUUUAUAGAGGAUUUAUACAAGACAAAUAAUGAGAGUGAAGAGCUAUUAGAGAUAUUUGUAAAGAACAUGAACGUGUUUAGCAGUUCGAUUUACGACAAGAAACUGUCGGACGAUUCUUUAUCAUUGCUUGUUCAUCUAAUGGCAAGGGUUUGUGCUUGUACAAGACAGAAAAAGAAUAGCGAAAUCUGUAAGCUUUUGAAUAUGCUGUCUAAAUCGCCACUGAUCAAAUACCGAAGUAUUCCACUACUUUUAGGGGAAACAUGCAACAACUCACGUGGUCAUAAUUUUCAAUGUUUAUUAUCCGAUUACUUAACAAUACUUCAAGAAAUUUACCUGAGGAUACCUCGUUUGUCUACAACUCCACAAGUUAAGAGACUGGGGAAACUUUUGAAAGAGCAAAUAAGCAAAUGUGAUGAUUUAGAAGACAAAGGGAUGAUGAUAGAUAUUGUGAUUGAAACGCUGAAUGAAAUUAUGCAGAUUGCUGAAGAAAGAUCAAGGGCAAAACAAGACGCUGAAGAUAAAUUUGUUCCUCCAGAUGAUUUCCGAACUGUGUCAGUUAUUCCUGGACAAAACGACAUUCUAAACAUUCCAAAGUUCCUAAGACGUAACAAAGUUUGCGGGAAAUAUUUGAAUUUAGAUCAUUAUUUAGAUGUACAGUUUAGGUUGUACAGGGAAGACUGUGUGUCACCUCUCAGAGAUGCUCUUUUGGAAUUCAAACAGAUAGAUAGAGAAAAUCGGAAAGAAAAUAUCAGAUUAGAACAUGGUCUUAUGUACAAGAACGUAAAAGUAAUAAAACAAAUCAUUUCUAUAGACUCUGGUGAAGUAUUUGAAAUAAAACUGGACCCAGACCAUCGUAAACGUAUCAACUGGAGAAAUGCAAAGAGACUUAUAUAUGGUACUUUACUGCUUAUUUCCUUUGAUCGUUUUAAUACGAUUUUCUUUGCUGUUGUAUCUGAAAGUGAAACGAAAAUUUUACAAAAGAAAGGUUGCUUUGCUGUACAGGUAUUUAGAUAUGGAAACAAUCUAAACCUACCAAGAAAUACAGAUGGUAUAAUUAUAGAAGCAAAUUCAGCGUAUUUUGAAGCAUACAAACAUGUAUUAAAAGUUUUGCAGCAUAUAAAAGAAGAAACGUUCCCCUUCACUCGAUAUCUUGUUCACUGUGAGAACGAGGUCCGUUUCCCAUCGUACAUUUCAAAAAAUUAUGUAUAUGAUCUCAGACCUGUAAUCAAAAAUUGCCGGAUAGAUCUAGACAACACCUAUCGUGGAACUCGUAGAAAUACUAUUCCAAAACAGACACCAAUAAAUAAUGCAAAGUUGUCUGAAGAAGACUGGCCGUCCGCCGAGAUGUUGAGAAUGGACGAAUCUCAGCGGAAAGCGUUUAUUGCUGCACUUACAAAGGAAUUUGUUCUCAUACAAGGGCCACCAGGGACCGGUUAG